AUGGGCCUUCGCGGGCGAAGCCUGCGAUGGGCCAUCACCACCACCUCUGUUAUAGGCUUCAGUUUGUUCGGAUUUGACCAAGGUUUGAUGAGCGGAAUCAUCACUGGCACCAAGUUCAACGAAGAGUUCCCACCGACCGCUGGCAGUUCGCACCGUGCUACGGUCAUUCAAGGUGCGGUCGUCAGCUGCUACGAGCUCGGCUGCUUCUUUGGUGCCAUUUUCACUCUCCUCCGUGGCGAAAAAAUUGGACGACGACCUCUGAUGCUCGUUGGAGCCGUGCUGAUGAUCAUUGGGACAAUCAUCUCCAUCACGCCUUUCAAGGGCCACUGGGCACUCGGACAGUUCGUCGUCGGUCGAGUAAUCUCGGGACUCGGAAAUGGGAUGAACACCGCCACCAUCCCCGUCUGGCAAUCCGAGAUGUCCAAGCCUAAGAACCGUGGUCUCCUCGUCAACCUAGAGGGAACUUUCAUUGCAGUAGGCACGCUCGUAGCCUACUGGCUUGAUUUCGGCAUGUCGUACGUCAACAGCAGCGUCCAAUGGCGUUUUCCCAUCGCCUUUCAGAUCGUCUUUGCUCUCAUGGUCUUUAUUGGCGCGUUCAACUUGCCCGAGUCUCCACGAUGGCUUAUUGCUCAGGGCCGUUCGGACGAAGCCAAGCAGGUUCUGUUCGCACUCGAAGGCGACGCAGCUAGCAAGGAAGAGGUCGAGACCGAGGCGAGGAUCAUUCGAGAUACCAUCCAGAAGACCGGUGGUCAGGGCGGUCUCUCCGAGCUCUUCACCAACGGCAAAACGCAGCACUUCAACAGGAUGGUCAUUGGCGCUUCUACGCAGUUCUUCCAACAGUGA